AUGCGUCUCCUAACCACCAUCCUCCUCUCCAGUGCCCGAGCCACAGCAGCUCCCUCCCUCCACACUCUCAUGACCCGCCAAAACCUCUGCUACUUCGAUGGUCCCUCCGCGCCUGUCGGCAGCGGCAACGCCAACUGCGCCGGAAGCAACGGCAAAGCCCAUGAAGACGUCCUCACAUGCCCGAACCAGGGCGUCGCGGACCGUAUCUGCAGCCAUGACGGCGUGGACCCCACCGCCCGCGACUAUUGUCAGGCUAUCGUCGGCACGGCGAGUUACUGCACCGUGGGUGGCCCGGUGCCUAAAGGCGGGCAUCACAUCUGUUACUGUGUUAGUGGGAGCUUUUGUUGCUCCCAGGGGGCUGAGGUUCCGGGGAUAAUUCGCCAAUUAUUAUUAUAA